AUGGAGGCCACUCUAGAUCCUGCAUCGCUUGUCUGCCAGGCCGACUGGGAAACGGUUUUCUCGCCACGGAGUUGGGAGGCGCUGCUUGGGGCCGCAACAGCUUCGGAUGGAAUCCAACCCCACAUCAAGCAGUUUUGUUAUACGACAACUUGGGAGGCGGUUCACGCGGCUGCGAAGCAAGGCUGCAACUGGUGCCAUCUGAUCCUCCUUCGGAAGUGUACCACGGGGAAGAGCUGCAUCCUCUACACCACAGCCUGCGAUCUAGCAGCCAAGUACAUCGCAGCGCGGGAACGCAUCACAGAUGUCUCAACACCUGAGAGCUGCCCCCAACCUAGCGCGACCACGCUCCUUCCGGACUGCGUGAUCGACUGCUCGGAUACGAACAACCCUCGCCUCACGCUCACCGGUGGGGAGCAACGCACCCCCUACCUCGCUCUGAGCUACCAUUACCCUCUCCAUCCUCCCGCCCACGUCAGCAACGGCAUUCCCCUCUCCAUCCUCCCGCCCACCGUCCGCGACGCCAUCACCGACUCGGAAGCCGACAAGGCCCACCAGCUUGGCGAGACAGGCUUGGUGAGCAUCGUGUUCAUGUACACGCUCCGGCAGAUCUCGCGCGAGGACGAUAAGCUCCCGGCGGUGGGCGGUGUGGCAGAGCAGUAUGCGAGCGUGACGGGCGAUCAGUACUUGGCUAGGCUGUGGAGGGGAAGCUUGUUGUUCGAUCUGCUUUGGAGCGUGGCGGACGAAGCACCGUUUAGCGAGGUGAGGUGUGCGUCGUUGCGGAUUAGGGCCUUGGUGAAGACGGAGGUUGCAUUCCAGGGCAAGGGCUUGUACGGUCCAAUUUUGGCGGGUAGAGGUGAUGAGGACAAGGAAGAGAUUGGCAUCGCCAAAUUGGAUGCGGACGAGCCGAGGUCAGGCGACAUGGUUGUUGUUCCGCUCAUGUGGGACGCUCAGGGAUCGUUUGUCUGGGGCCUGGUUUUGGAGUGGAUGCCGACGAAGCAGUUCAGGAGGAUCAGCAAGUUUGAAAAUAGUCAUAGGCAAAAGCGGGUUGAGUGGGUGAAUGGACUGGAGGCACAGGUGUUAGAUAUCGUAUGA